ACUGCAUGGCAACCAACUCCUCGUCUCGUCCCGUCUCGUCUCCACCUCCCCUGCCUCCUGCCGCGUCCAUCUAUAUAACACGGGGUCCACGAACUCGAUCGAUCGAACGGCGACCGCGGUUGGUGCGCAGAGCUUAGCGAACGCCAUUGAUCGCCACCGAAACCCUCCCUCUCUCUCGUCUCGGCUCGGCUCGCCUCGCCUCGCCUCGCCCACUAGCCCGCACGUCCGUCCAGGCGACGAUGCCGCCGAUGGCGACCACGACGGCGACGGCGGCUGCGGCCGACUCCGCGGCGCGCCGCUUCGCCUCGGCCUGCGGCGUGCUCAGCCAGUACGUCAGGGCGUCCGGCGUCUCGGCGCCCGGCGUGCUGGGGGCCGCCCUCCAGGAGCCCGGCUCGCCGGCGGACGGGGCGCAGGAGCUGACCAUCUUCUACGGGGGGAGGGUGGUGGUGCUCGACGGCUGCACGCCGGCCAGGGCCGCCGAGCUGAUCCGGUUCGCCGCCGCGGCGGCGGCGGCCUCGCAGGGAGCGCCCGUCGCACAGCCGCCCGCGCCGGCGUUCGUCGACAUGCCGAUCGCGAGGAAGGCGUCGCUGCAGCGGUUCCUGUCGAAGCGCAAGGACAGGUCCGCCGGCGCCGCCCCCGCCCCCGCCCCCGAGGGUCCGCCGUACGCGCAUCAUGAGGAGGAGCCGGCGCCGCCAAAGAAGAAGGGCAAGACGGAGGCUUCUUCCUGGCUUGCCCUGGGUAGCUUAGGGGACAUGCACGCGCCGUGAUAACCUCUCAACAUGCACGGCAACAUUGGUACAUCGAGCUGUGAUCAGCGGGGAAUUGAAACAACCCUUGCUUCCGUAGCACGGUGUUAUUAACGUCUAGUAGUAGUAGUAAGUACAUCAAUUCAAGCCACAUGUCGUGGCAUGCAUGCUCACUGCAGAGCGCGGUAACAUAAUCGUAACAUUCCAUCAAAAUUUAACCCAUGCACUAUGUUUCUUAAUUU